CAACCGCAACUGACCUGCGAAAGUUGGACCAAUCUGUAAAUACAAAAAUCAAAGAAAUUUCAAAAGCCCGAUUACACCGGCGCCAUCUCACUAUCUCCAGCUCCAUUUCGGUGUUUUUCUCCGAUCUCUGAAUUCACUUCAAUCGGGAACAACAACUGAUUGUUUAUCACCAAUUCAAUUCACCAAAAUGUGUGGGAUUUUCGCCUACUUGAAUUACGAUGUCAGUAGAGAGAGACGCUACAUCCUCGAAGUACUCUUCAAUGGACUCCGCCGUUUGGAAUACAGAGGUUACGAUUCCGCCGGGAUCUCUAUCGAUUCUUGCUCCGUCGCCGGUCCCGUUCAAGCACCAUGCGAUUCCCCUCUCGUGUUUCGUCAAGAGGGAAACAUCGAAUCCCUAGUCAAAUCUGUCUACCAAGAGGUCUCUGUUACUGACCUAAAUCUGGAAGAAUCCUUUUCUAUUCAUGCUGGAAUAGCACACACCAGAUGGGCGACCCAUGGAGAACCAUCUCCAAGGAAUAGUCAUCCUCAAUCAUCUGGUGCUGGAAAUGAUUUCUUGGUUGUUCACAAUGGAGUUAUUACCAAUUAUGAGGUGUUAAAGCAAUCACUUCUUCGACAUGGGUUUACUUUUGAAUCUGAGACAGAUACUGAAGUGAUCCCAAAGCUUGCAAAAUUUGUUUUUGACAAAGCAAAUGAAGAAGGUGAACAAACUGUCACGUUUAGUGAAGUUGUACUUGAGGUUAUGCGACAUCUUGAAGGAGCCUAUGCACUUAUUUUCAAAAGCAGACAUUAUCCAAAUGAAUUGGUUGCUUGCAAACGUGGUAGUCCACUUCUUCUUGGUGUGAAAGAAUUUGCUGAACAACAAAACAAAGGAACAUCAUAUAAUGAUUUGAAGUUUAUUUCAACAAAUGGUCACCCAAAAGAACUUUUCCUAUCUAGUGAUCCUCAUGCCCUUGUUGAACACACAAAAAAGGUCUUGGUGAUUGAGGAUAGUGAAGUUGUUCAUAUUAAGGAUGGAGGAGUGACUAUUCUCAAGUUUGAGCAAGGCAAGGGUAAAGAUGGAAAAAACAUUUCAAGACCAGCUUCUGUCCAAAGGGCACUGUCUAUUCUUGAGAUGGAGGUAGAGCAAAUAAACAAGGGCAAAUAUGAACAUUAUAUGCAGAAAGAGAUUCAUGAGCAGCCGGAAUCUUUAACAACCACCAUGAGGGGCCGCCUUAUACGUGGUGGUUCCAGUAACAGGAAGAGUGUUCUUUUGGGUGGAUUGAAGGAUCAUUUGAAAACUAUUAGGAGGAGUAGAAGGAUUGUUUUUAUUGGAUGUGGAACUAGCUAUAAUGCUGCUUUAGCUGCUAGACCUAUCUUGGAAGAACUUUCUGGUAUACCUGUAACAAUGGAGAUUGCAAGUGAUUUAUUGGAUAGACAGGCACCUGUGUAUAGAGAUGAUACAAUAAUCUUUGUUAGUCAAUCUGGUGAAACAGCUGAUACCUUAAAUGCCCUUGAGUAUGCAUUGGGGAAUGGUGCUUUAUGUGUUGGAAUUACAAACACUGUUGGUAGUGCUAUUGCCCGAAACACACAUUGUGGUGUUCAUAUUAAUGCUGGUAGUGAGAUUGGUGUCGCAAGUACCAAGGCAUACACAAGUCAAAUAGUGGUGAUGGCUAUGGUGGCUCUAGCAAUUGGAGCUGACACAAUCUCUUCUAAACCACGAAGAGAAGCAAUCAUAGAAAGCCUUCUACAUUUACCAAGCAAAGUGAAGGAAGUGUUGAAACUUGAUGAAGAGAUGAAAGAUCUUGCAAAAUCCUUAAUCUCAGAGCAAUCACUUCUGAUGUUUGGAAGAGGAUAUAACUAUGCAACAGCUCUUGAGGGUGCAUUGAAGGUCAAAGAGGUGGCACUCAUGCACAGUGAAGGAAUACUUGCUGGUGAAAUGAAACAUGGUCCUUUGGCUUUAGUUGAUGAAAACCUUCCAAUUGUUGUCAUUGCUACUCGUGAUCAGUGCUUCAGCAAACAGCAAUCAGUUAUUCAACAACUGAAGGCUAGAAAAGGGAGGUUGAUAGUGAUGUGUACAGAAGGAGAUGCAGCAGCUGUUUGUGGGCCAUCUUGCAGAGUAAUUCAAGUUCCUCUUGUUGUUGACUGCUUACAGCCUGUUGUCAACAUAGUUCCAUUGCAGUUGUUGGCUUAUCAUUUAACGGUUCUACGAGGUUACAAUGUUGAUCAACCAAGGAAUCUUGCAAAGAGUGUUACAACCGAAUAGAAAAUAUAUAGAUUAUUGGCAAUUGAAGCUAACAUAGGUCACUUUGCAUUUAGAGUUCCAAUUAAUUGGUGUGUUUCAAUAUAUACAAUUCUAAGACUGGCUUAACAAAGACAUACUAUCUCGAUAUAGAAAUUUACAUCUUAAGAUUUUUUUGAUUUUUUUUUUUAAAUCAUGUAUAUCAUAAUCUUUUCUAAUGAUUGUUCUCUUUUUGUUGUUUUUCA